AUGAGUGCCCCAGAGGGAGCUGCAGAUGAGUCUGGGGCCAAGAGGGCUAAGGUGGCCCCAGCUGAGGUGGAGGUCCCUGUGGCCAAGGAUGCCCCAGAGGUGGUGGGGGUCACCCCAACACUGGAUGUUGUGGAGACUGCCCCAACAGCGCAAGUAGGAGCUGAGUUGACUGAGGCUGCGCCGCGUGGGAGGGAGCAGACCCAAAAGGGGCUUGCCCCCCAGGAAGGAGGGGUCCGUCUGGCUACGGCGAUUUAUCAUGCGUGCGCGGUAGCUGGAAGGUUGGAGGGAGAAGAAGGCCCAGCCAGGGCGGGGGUAGACCGCUUGGUGAAAAUUAUGGAGGAGGCAGCCCUUCGCUCGGCAUCCGGGUUUAAUGAGGCUGAUCUGCUGAGGGGGUUGUACUCUGCCCAAAUGGAGGUAACUACCUUGGCAGGGGCCCUUCUGAGGAAAGCAGGAGCUACCAAGCUAAAAGCUAAGGAGGCCAAGGCCCAGCUGGCCAAGUUGAAGAAGGACAGUGCUGAUUGGAAGACUGCCCAUGCCGAACUGCAAGGGUUGGAGGAUGAGCGCGUCAAAGCAGAGGAGGAGAAGGGGAGGCUGGUGAGAGAGUUGGAAGCAGAGAAGGUGAAGGCGAUGGCAGAGAUGGAGAGUCUGAAGAAGGGAGUGGAAGAGGAGAGGGCGACAGCGGCUGCUGAAAGGGGGGCCCUGCAGAGAGAGCUGGACAAAGAGAGGGUGAAGGCGGCUUCUGAGAGGGCGGCCUACCCUGAUCUGGGUGGGGGAGGUCGCGACCUUCCAUGUCUUGAAGUCGUGACGGUAGAAGGAGGAAGCACCGAAACGAAACCCUUGGUGCAGGCCAGUGUAGAAGCUGAGCAAAGGGUGGAGAAGCGCCCUGCCGAUGUCGAGGCCGGCUCAGAAGAAGAUCGCGCCGACAAACGGCCUCGUUUGGAGGAAUCGGAUGUGAUUGUACCUUUUGUUAUUCAGCCGAAGAUGAAAAAUACACUGAUCUUCUCCGAUGCUUCGACUGUCGGAAGGAUAGCUGACAUGGGCCGUCGCUAUCAUGAUGCCGUGGAGCAAAUUGGCUGUUUAGAAGCGGAGGUUGAGGGCCAAAGGGGUAGGGUGCAGAUCGAGGGCGCUCAUGCCGAGGCCGAGUUGGAGAGAGCCCGUAAUGCUGAAGAUUUGAGAUCAGUCACCGAGGAAAGGGCGAAUGCGAGCGACGCCGCGCAUAAAUUGGCCCAGGAGGCGAAUUCUAAAUUAAAGGCUGAGUUGGAAGAGAUAAAGGCGGUGAAGGAAACAACUAACCUGAAGGCUUCCAGCACAUUUGAUGUCGGGAAAAAAAUCUGCUUAUGA